ACUUGCAAGUUUAAUUUAAUACGCUGCAUGUACUUUAGGAAAUUAUUACGAUAAUUGAAGGACAAUCUAUUUAUAGAAAUUUUUGUAUUAUUUCGCUGUUGCUAUUUGUAAUUGGGAUUGGUCUUAAACUUCCCAGCAACGUUUUUGAAUGUUGUUUGUAAUAUAUUGCACAUUUUUAGAGUUUAUGCUCUUAUAUUUGCCUAUUAUAUUGUCAAGUCCGACUUAUUAAGGAAGUCGUGAGAGCUAAUUGUUUAGAGCGACCUAAAAGAUUCGCAGUAUAUACGUAUUUGUAGUGAAUACGCUUUUGGGACGUAUUUGUAGAUUGGGUGUACUGUUUCCAUAGUGUAACGCCGCGUAGGCUUGUAAUCUGUUGCCGACGUUUUUGUAGUGGCAGAUUUUUUCAAAAUGGGUGAGGCAUCGCCCUUCUAAACUAACCCACAAAACAUGUGCGAGGAACGAGUUGUAUGUUUGCAAAGCAUUCUACGCUGUCUUGCAAAUAGAGUUCCAAGAAUUAUACUACAGAGGGCCGAAGAAGUGUAUCCUUCUGUGAGAGAGAUCAUGAACUCUACAAUUAUAAAGAAAGAAUUACGGGGUCCCUUUGGUGAGACAUAUCCAGCCUAUUGUGAUGCAGAUCAGGCCAGGAAUAUAAAAGCUGAAAUUAUCUCAGACACAGAAGAAGAAGAAGAAGAAGAAGAGAAUCCAAUGCCAGUAACAUUUAUAGAAGUAAAGGCAGAACCUGAGAACUUCGGUGACAUGAACCCAACAUCCCCUGAUGCAAAUGAGGCCAUGAAUAUAAAAGCUGAGAAAGUCUCAGACACAGAAAAAGAAGAAGAGGAUGAGGAGGAUCCUAUGCCGAUAACAUUUCUAGAAAUAAAGGCUGAACCAGAGAGUACAUUCACAGAACUUCAAGAGGAGCAGUUUGAUCUGAGAGCACAUCAAGCCAUACAUAGUGGACAGCAGCCGUUUUGCUGUGAUACAUGUGAUAAGUCAUUCAGUCGGGAGCAUGAACUGAAGACACAUCAACACAUACAUAGUAUCGAGCGGCCAUUUUGCUGCGACAUUUGUAGUAAGUCGUUCUGUCGUCCACAUCAUCUGAAGAGACAUCAGCGCAUACAUAGUGGGGAGAGGCCAUUUUGCUGCAAUGUGUGUAGUAAGUCAUUCAGUCGGCACCAUCAUCUGAAGACACACCAACGCAUACAUAGUGGGGAGCGCCCAUUUUGCUGCAGCGUGUGCAAUAAAUCAUUCAAUCAGCAGCAGCAUCUGAAGACACAUCAACGUGUACAUAGUGGGGAGCGGCCAUUUACCUGCAACAUUUGUAAUAAGUCAUUCACUCAGAAGCAUGAACUGAAGACACAUGAACACAUACAUAGUGGAGAGCAACUAUUUUGCUGUGAUGUAUGUAAAAAGUUAUUCAGUUUGAAGAGUGACCUGGAGAGACAUCAACGCAUACAUAGUGGGGAGCGGCCGUUUUGCUGCGACAUAUGUAAGAAAUCAUUCAGUUUGAAGAGUGCUGUGAAGAGACAUCAACGCAUACAUAGUGGGGAGCGGCCAUAUUGCUGCAACAUAUGUAAUAGGGCAUUCAGUUGGCACCAUCAUCUGAAGGCACAUCAACGCAUUCAUAGUGGGGAGCGGCCAUUUUGCUGCGAUGUAUGUAAUAAGUCAUUCAGUCGACAGAAUAUUCUGAAGAAACAUCAGCUCAUACAUAGUGGGGAGCGGCCAUUUUGCUGCGAUGUGUGUAAUAUGUCAUUCAGUUUGCAACAUCAUCUGAAGAGACAUGAACGCAUACAUAGUGAUGUAUGUAGUAAAUCAUAGAGUAGUCUGGAUGGUUUCCUGUAUCAUGCCACAAUGUUGCUUCCUCUAAGUCAAACAGUUUUGCUCUGUGCUGCAUGCUGAUUGUUUUCAGAAUGCUGCAAAAUCCUUGAUGUGCUUGCAGUUUGUAACAUUUUAGACUGAUGUGGGAAAUGAAUUCAUUCCCAUAGUACAAAUGGUCACUGAAUCUGUUUGAGAGUAAACAGACUUGAUGUGCUCUGUAGGUUACAGUGUUUGCUUCAACUGUGGAAACUAGUGAUUAAUACAUCAUAGUUAUUGCUAUGCUCUUCCCUUAUUUACUAUUAGUAAAUUCAUUGAUCAGUUACAAAUUGAUACAUCCUUUUAUUGAGUUUAUUCAAGUAUCUUAUUACAGUUUGGUCAAAUGAACAAAAAUUAUGCUUUAUUGAUCAUUACAGACAAAAUAUAAUUCUAUGGGAUACUUUGUAUAUUAAUUACAGGAAGACAUUAAAAUUUAAGUGUGAUGAUUCUGCUUGUUGAGAACAGUAAUAGUUCACUGGAUUUAGUUGAAAGUAUCAUGAACAAAUUGCAUGCCUCUUUUAACUGUAAACAUCAGAGAGCAAAGAAACUGGUGUGUCACGAGAUGAAAGAAAGUGAAUUCGGUAUGAAGCACUUCAUUCUUUAGAUCUUGAUUACGUUAUAGAGGAACAGGCAACUGAAAAUUGUGAUGUAAGUUUAAAUUUUAAGUAUGGUUUUUAAUAAAAUUAUGUGAUAUCAUUAUUAA